AUGUUCCUAGCAGGACUGUUUGGCUGGAAUGACCCAGAUGGCUCAUCAGUGAAGCUGGAACCCAAGAGUAGUUCAGACCUGGUAACAGAGACUCUGAUGCUGGAACUGGGAUCACAUCUGAAACGUGCAGAAAAGCAGCAGCGGGAACGUCUCAUUGAGUAUCGGCGAGUGAAGAGUGGGGUGGACUAUACAUGGUUAGCUUCUGUCCCACGCCAGGGCUACGAAAUCACUCCAGGUGACCAGCUGGAGCUCAGAGACAUCUGCUCUAAAAUAAGCCCCUCACAGUGUGGCCCCGUCAUACUCAGAUUCCGUAGAUUGAUGUUGGAGUUUGAGCCUGAUGGUACAGAGAUCCCACGUCUCUUUCGCUCAGUGCUGCAAGAUUUUGUGGCUCAGGAAGAAGAGCAACGUAAACAGAGACAGGAUGGGCACUGGGAAAAGUGCAGAAGGGCAAAGAGCCUGGCAACAUUCAAUUUGAAGCCUCCGCGUCUACGUAUUAACCCCUUCCAACUGGAGGACACACAUGGCUCAGAUACCGAGAGUGAAGUGGCAGCUUCUGGUAGAGCGAGGAGUAAGAGCAUGCCAGAAUUCAGCUGCACAAGGGAGGUGCAUUGUGACUGA